AUGGUUCUAUAUUGGACCUUUCUUAUGGUCAAUCUUAGUGAAACAGUAUAUUAUUUAUUUUAUUAUAAAAAGUCUAACAACAAAAAAUAAGAGCCUGGUCUUGCUUCAUUUGCUAAUGAUUUAGAAGACAUUUAAGAUUACUUAAAUCCACUUAUUAAUUUCAUUUAUGAUGUUGUACCCUAAAAGCUAUAUAAAUACAUUCCUAUCAUGCUUGGACCUACUGCUUGA